UAAAUUUAACGGGUUUUGGUUCCGUUCGUUUGGUUGCACUCACCGUCCAAGCUUCUUCCAAAAAUACAGAACAAAACACGAAAAUAAGUUUCCAAAAUUCUACUUGGUUUGGGUGCCAAAAGUAUAGUUCGUAGAGAAAGAGGCUUCAGCUGGAUUGAGAGAGCUUCCAAUCUGAAGUUUCCCAGCGUCUGGUAUGAAUUUCUAACCUGAGAAUCCACAGGAUCCAUGGGGGAAAGUAGAAUUGUUGAAGCAGAAGAGGAACCUGCUUCAGCACCUCCCAAUUAUUUAAAUGUGGCUGUAGCUGUAAAUGGAUCUAUUAAAAGCAAACAGCUAGUUAAUUGGGCGUUGGAGAAGUUCAAUCCGGAGAGGAAGGUUAUGCUCAAGUUGAUAUAUGUCCGCGCUAGGAUAAUUGCAGUUCCUACACCAAUGGGGUACUUCAUUCCUAUUUCAAAAGCUCGAGAUGAUGUAGCAGCUGCUUAUAAGGAAGAAGUCGAAUGGCAGACCUGUGAAAAGCUUCUUCCUUUCAAGAAAAUGUGUGCUCAACAAAAGGUUCCAGUAGACAUUACAGUAAUUGAAUCAGAUGAUAUUGCAAAUGCAAUAGCAGGGGAGGUUGCCAAGUGUACUAUCAACCGGCUUGUUAUAGGCGUAUCAACUGAGAGCAUAUUUAGAAGGAAAUGUAAUGGACGAAGUUUAUCCUCAAGAAUCUCAGAAUGCACUCCAAGCUUUUGUACGGUUUAUGCUGUUUCAAAGGGAAAAUUGUCAUCUGUUCGCCAAUCUAAAUGUGAGACAAUUGGAAGCAUUAUAGAUGACAGUAGUGAUGCAAGUUUUCGUAGUAACAGUUCUUCAAGUUGCACUUCAAGUUCACAAACAGACCUUAGCUCAGUUGCUUCAUUCUCUCAUCUUGAUCCGCCUUCCCAACCGGCAAAGCAAUUUCAAGCUCAUUCUACUGCAAACCAGACCCUUCUCAUUGCAGGAAAAUACAGCCAAUCUGACUGUCAAUCUGAGGAUACCGGGGAAGAAGAUGAUGUAACAAGUUAUAGUACUGGUAGUUCAGGUGUUGAGCAUUUAAAUAAUUGUAUUGCCAUCUACAGAAGCCAGUUAACAGACAACCAAUCAUGGAUUACCGAUCAAGCUUCUACCUCAAACACUCCCGAUUUUUCUUCUGAAAACCAGUUGAAUAUUAAUUUUGAGCUAGAAAGACUGAGAAUUGAACUCAGACAUGUUCAAGGAAUGUAUGCAGUAGCUCAAAGUGAGACACUGGAUGCUUCUCACAAGCUAAACAAUCUAAACAAGCACCAGUUGGAGCAGGCAGUUAAACUUGAGGAGCUAAGGUGUAAGGAGAAUGAAGCUAAGGAAUUAGCAAGAGAGGAGAAGGAGAAAUAUGAAGCUGCAAAACGAGAAGCUGAAUAUGUGAGGGAAUGUGCUGAAGUAGAAGCUUUGCAAAGAAAAGAAGCACAGAGUAAAGCCUUUCAUGAAGCUUCUGAAAAGGAAAAACUGGAGGAUGCCCUUGUGGGUCAUGUGCAGCAGUACCAGACGUUCACAUGGGAAGAGAUUGUGUCUGCUACCUCAUCAUUCUCUGAAAAUCUUAGGGUUGGAAUGGGAGCAUAUGGAGUGGUCUACAAGGGCAGUUUCCACUAUACAACAGCUGCAGUAAAAGUCCUCCACACUAAAGAUUCUCCCAAAACCAAGCAAUUUCAGCAGGAGCUUGAGAUUUUGAGCAAAAUUCGUCAUCCCCAUUUGCUGCUGCUUAUUGGUGCAUGUCCUGAUCACGGUUGCCUUGUAUACGAAUACAUGGAGAAUGGUAGCCUGGAGGAGAGAUUGCUUCGGAAAAAAGAUACUCCCCCAAUCCCAUGGUUUGAGAGAUUCCGAAUUGCUUGGGAAGUAGCCUCUGCCCUUGUUUUCCUUCACAACUCAAAGCCAGAUCCAAUUGUUCAUCGUGAUCUGAAACCCGCAAAUAUCUUGCUUGACCAUAACUUUGUGAGCAAAAUUGGUGAUGUUGGCCUUUCGAUGAUGCUUCACCAGGAUGAAUCUUCUUUCUCCAACAUGUAUAAAGACACAGGCAUUGCUGGAACGUUAUGCUACAUAGAUCCAGAGUAUCAAAGGACAGGGCGAGUCUCCCCAAAAUCUGAUGUUUAUGCAUUUGGGAUGGUGAUUUUACAGUUGCUGACUGCAAAACCGGCAAUAGCACUGACCCAUGUGGUUGAAACAGCAAUUGAUGAUGGUCAUUUGAUGGAGAUUUUGGAUCCAGAGGCUGGGACAUGGCCAAUUGAAGAAACAAAAGAAUUGGCUACACUAGCACUUUGCUGUGCAGAGCUUCGACGAAAAGACAGGCCUGAUUUGAAAGACGAGGUUCUUCCUGCAUUGGAGAGAUUGAAAGAAGUCACCGGCAGGGCCCGAGAUUUACCUUCUGGCAUACAAUUGGCGCCUCCUAAUCACUUCAUUUGUCCAAUUCAAAAGGAUGUAAUGACUGACCCUUGUGUCGCUGCAGAUGGAUACACUUACGGCCGCAAAGCACUAGAGACAUGGCUUGAACAGAAUGAUACAUCGCCCAUGACAAAUUUGCCGCUGCCAAAUAAGAAUUUUGUACCAAAUUAUGCACUACUCUCUGCAAUUUUGGAGUGGAAGUCUGGAAGGCAAUGACACCCACCUCACUAUUCAUGAUCUAGGUUUGCACAGGGCGGCUUUUUUUUUUUCUCGGGAAUCCCUGCUAGAAUUCUGCCCAUUAGCAUUUAUACCUUGCUUCUUGAAUUUGUUAUGAUCCUGCCCCAGAAUAGAGGUGGAAAAUUUCAGGAAAGCGUUUGUGUAUCUAGUCUAAAGCUAUGUAAUUUCUUGAAUUUGAUAUCGUUCAAUUCCAAAAUGGAAUGUAAAAAUUAGCUAUGUAAUUUUUUGAUUUUGGUAUGAUAUAACAAUAAAAUCAAGUCUUAAGUCCCA